UAUUUUUAGCGCUUGGUUUUGAUGGUGUUUAUUAAAGUUUAUUAAAAUGAAUGUGUGGGAACCAGUACCUGACGACUUCAGUUACGGCAUAGCAAUAUACAAUUUCGAGGGCGACAGCGAGUUCAAGCUGAGACUGACCGUCGGGGAUUCCCUCCAUUUACUCGAGGAAGAAGAGCAUUGGUACUACGGCUGUGUGUUGCACGACAGGCACAGGAAAGGCAUUUUUCCCAAGAAUUACGUACACGUCAAACCAUGUACCGUAGACCAUUCUGGACCCACACCCACCUUCAACUUCAAGGAACCCUCGAUUGCACAGGAGAUCACUUCAGUGCUCAAGGAAUGGGGCAUCCACUGGAAGAACUUAUACGUGAAUCACAACAAAGACUUCGAGCAAAUCAAAAACCGAAUCUACGAUUUGCUAACGCACAGGAGCAAAAUAGUCAGCGGUACGCUGCCGGUUGACGAAUUGAAAAGGGUGACGAAACAAGCGACCGAAGAAAUAGACGUCGGUAAUAAGACCUUAGGUUUAGAUUUAAUAGUUAGGGAUAAGAACGGAAAUCUGAUCGAACCGGAAAAGACGAGCACGUUGCAGUUAUACUAUCUGCAUAAGAACGCUACGGAGCGGAUGAGUAGGUCUGAUAAGAAUGAAUCAAAAGGGAGUCAACCGAAAACUGCCAUUCAACAAUACUCUAACAUUUUCAUAGUAGCUGUUAAGAAUUUUACCUGUAAGAUGACGGAGGACGCUGAAUUGCUGAUGACGCUGUAUGACGGAAAAGAGUACAAACCGAUUGCCGAAAAUUAUGUCGUGAGGUGGUCGAAAGAUGGGUUGAUGUGCGAUUUGGAUCAGAUGUAUAAUUUGAGGGUGAUGUUUACGGAUUUAGGAAAACGCGACCUCGAACGCGAAAAAAUUUACCUAGUCUGCUACGUAGUCCGUGUGGGGGCCAUGGAAAUCAAAGAGCUGGACCAUCGCCGCAGCUCCGUAUCCGUAACCACCAAAAAAGGUACCACCGAAGGUAUGCGCCGCCCCUUCGGCGUAGCCGCGAUGGAAAUCACCCAGUUCAUGAACGGCGAACGCGAAAGCGACCUAGAACAAGAAUUCGCAGUCCCUUUCGUCAAUUGCGACAAAGAUAACCUCGAACAAACCCUGAAGAAAAUAAUGAACAAAGAUUUCGCGAAGACUGAACACAAAAACCAAGCGCUGUUCGUCGGCAUGAAGUUAUUACGAGGCGAUUUGAAACAAGUGAGGGAAGAAAACCCUCACCUAGUAUUAGGGAACUUGUCGAUAGCAAGAAAAAUGGGCUUCCCCGAAGUGAUUCUUCCUGGUGACGUAAGAAACGACCUUUACUUGACGCUGAUUAAGGGCGAAUUCAGUAAAGGAAACAAAACCUGUGAUAAAAACGUUGAAGUGGUGGUUAGAGUUUGUAACGAGAAGGGAGAGGCAAUUCCUGGGGUGAUUGCGUUGGGUUCAGGGAUUGUCCCUCUUGAUGAGUACAAAUCGAUGAUUUAUUAUCAUGAAGACAAACCUCACUGGUACGAAACUUUCAAAGUGGCUAUACCGAUUGAGGAGUUCAAGACGAGUCAUUUGAAGUUUACUUUUAAGCAUAGAUCGUCGAACGAGGCGAAAGAUAAGAACGAAAAACCUUUUGCUAUGUCGUACGUUAAGUUGAUGCAAGAAAAUGGAACGACUCUGAGAGACGCAAGGCAUCAUUUAGUAGUUUAUAAGGUCGACUAUAAGAAGUUCGAUGAGAAAAGUUUAGAUUAUUUUAAACUGCUAUCUAUUGCUAGCGAGACGAAGGAUACCGGACCUAAAACCCAGGUCGCCGGUUUGACUCCCAGUAAAGAUGUUUUUAUUAUUUCGAGCAAUAUUUGUUCAACCAAGUUGACUCAAAACGUUGACUUGCUGGGACUCUUAAACUGGCAAACCGACAGAGACAAUUUAAAGACUUGUUUGCGAGCUUUGCUCCACGUAGAUGGCGAAGAAGUCGUUAAAUUCCUCCAAGAUAUUUUAGAUUCUCUUUUUAACAUCUUGAUGAGCUACUCAGAUACAGAUACGUACGAUCUUUUAGUUUUCGAUUGUUUAUUACACAUCAUCAGUCUAGUCAGUAACGAUUGGAAGUACCAACACUUCGAACCGGUUUUAGAUUUAUACAUCAAAGAAAGUUUUAGCGCAACUUUGGCACAUAAAAAACUUAUUUCCGUUCUGAAAAACAUCAUCGGCAAUUCUAACAGUCAGCUGAUUUUUAAAACGAUGAAGUCGCUACAGUACGUGGUCAGAUUCGUUUCGAGGUCACGUCUUUUGAUGACUUUGUGCCCCGUCGAAGAUAUUGAAGACGAUUUCGAAGACAAUUUUCGCGAUUUAUUACAGGAUAUUACUGGUAUGAUGUCUUCGCCGUCUGAUACUAUACUACGAGAACAAGGUGCUUGUUUAAAGUAUCUACCAAGUACUAUCCCCGACAUCUUGAAGGUUUUUGACGCCAAAGAAUUAAGCUUGAUCUUGUGUGACAUCAUCGAAAACAUCCCCACACGCCGCCUUACGAAGCAGAAAAUGAUGACCAUCAACGAUAUUGUUCACAGUCAGUUGUUCCUGUACGCCGACUGUCGCAAGAUCAUCCUACCCGUCAUCCUCAAACAAGUGAAGGUGCUGUUCGAGGUGAACGACGAGGGUGACAGAAGACAGGACGGAAGGCUACAGAAUCGAUCGGUGGCUAAGGUGGCUCAACUUUUGGGAACCACGGAACAGUGCGUCCACCAGCACAGAGGAUAUUCAGAAGAGGUCGAGUUGUGCAUCAAAAUCUUGAGCGACAUCUUGGAUCUCCUCUUCAAUAAAGACGUAGGCCCUACGUACGACGACAUCUUGGAAAUAAUUAUGAUGGUGUUGCGGACUGUCAUCCAAACCCACAUUAAUAUGACGAGGGAGUCGCCACAAGCGGGGAAUUUGGUGUCCAUCAUGAUCGACAUCUUUCGACAAAUGUCGGAGCGUCACUACAAUUCGUACAUCGAGAAUUUCAAGACGCGUUUCGACACCUUGGACUUCCUCAUGGAGAUUCUGCUAGUGUUUAAGGGGUUAGUGAACGAAUCUGUCUUCCCGCACGACUGGUGCGACAUGAUUAUGCUCCAAAACAGCGUCAUUCUUAAAGCACUGCGCUUCUUUUCACACACUAUUCGUGACUGCUUUUUCGAGAAAUUCGAGUACCAAGCUUGGAGUAACUUCUUCCAUUGCGCCAUCGCAUUUAUGACGCAGCCAGCGCUCCAGUUGGAGAAUUUCUCGUUCAGUAAAAGAAUGAAGAUUAUUAGAAUCUACAAAGAUAUGAGGCGAGAAACCGGGUUUGAGAUUCGUUCCAUGUGGUUCAAUUUAGGCCAGAAUAAAGUACAGUUCGUACCUAGUUUGGUCGAAUCGAUUUUAGAAAUGACGCUGAUACCGGAAUCGGAGUUGAGGAAGGCGACGAUUCCGAUUUUUUUCGAUAUGAUGCAGUGCGAGUUUUAUUCGUCGCGGUACGAGCUUGAAAGUUAUGGAAAUACGUCGAGGAAUUCGAAACACGUUAAGGGGAAUUUUAACGAUUUCGAGAAUGAGAUGAUCGCGAAGCUGGAUAUUUUGGUGGAGGGAGGAAAAGGCGAUCAGAAUUAUAAAGAUUUGUUUCAUAGUAUUAUGAUGGACUAUUGUACUCAGCAUUCUGCGAUUAAAGAUUCAGGGAUUAAGUUUGUUACGACUGUGACGAGGUUGAUGGAGAGGUUGUUGGAGUAUAGGUGUAUUAUUACCGACGAGAACAAGGAGCAUCGGAUGAGUUGCACAGUCACAUUGUUGGACUUCUACUCCGAAAUCAACAGAAAAGAAAUGUACAUCCGCUACUUGAACAAACUCUACGACCUCCACAUGGAAUGCGACAAUUACACAGAAGCGGCAUACACCAUAGAAUUACAUGCCAAACUUUUGAACUGGUCAGACGAUGACCUACUCCAAAUCCUCAAAAGCAAUAGACAUGCGCAUGCCCAAACCCAUCGUCAACUCAAAGAAGCUCUCUACUACAAUAUAAUCGAAAACUACGACAAGGGCAGACUGUGGGAGUGCGCUAUCGAGAAGUGCCAAGAGCUAGCUACUCAGUUCCAAUCAGAAACAUUCGAUUACGAACAACUGAGCCAACUGUAUCGAAGAAUGGCGAAGUUCUACGAAGACAUUAUGAAGAAAAGUCGGGCCAUCCCUGAGUACUUCCGCGUCGGGUAUUUCGGGAAAGGGUUUCCGCAGUUUUUACAAAACAAAAUGUUCAUCUAUAGGGGAAAGGAGUACGAAAGGUUGGCCGAUUUCAACGCGCGGAUCUUGAACGAGUUCCCGAAGGCAGAACUCUUGAAUAAAUUGACGCCUCCUGGUGAGGACAUCACAGAAUCGGAUAGGCAAUGGAUCCAAAUCAACAAAGUCGACCCGAUUAUGGACGAGAAAAAACACCGUUUUUCAGGCAAGCCCGUGUCUGAGCAAAUCCUGAAUUACUACAAAGUGAACGAUAUUCAGAAGUUCACGUUCUCGCGACCUGUCAUCCGGAAGGAUCCGUUUAUUGAUGAUAAAAACGAAUUUGGGCAUUUGUGGCUCGAACGUACGGAAUUGACGACGACGUAUCCGUUGCCUGGUAUUUUGGGGUGGUUUCUUGUGAGUUCGUCAACCACCCAUGAGAUUUCGCCUCUACGCAACGCCAUCGAAACUAUGGAGAAAGCGAACAAGACUUUGAAAAACUACGUGGUCAUGUUCAACGCGGAUAAGAACAUGCAAAUCAAUCCGUUGAGUUUGACUUUGACUGGAAUAUUAGAUGCUGCGGUUAUGGGCGGAAUUAAAAACUACGAGGAGGCUUUCUUCACUGAAGAAUAUAAAACUCAUCACGAAGAAGAUGAUUUGCUUUUACAAAAGUUGAAAGACUUGAUUGCCGACCAAAUACCGCUCUUGGAGUUGUGUGUUCGGAUACACAAAGAGAAAGCUCCUGAAAAUUUACAACCUUUGCAGAAACGCCUAGAGGAUUGCUUUGCGAAGAUGAAAGAGAGCGUUACUGAAAAAUACGGAUUUGGGAACUGUGAUAUUAAAUUAGAAAAUCAGGUCACCAUGAGGAGGCAUCACAGUAUCGCAAACGACUCUCGACUGUCCAACGUGUCGAUGGUAACCGAUAAUGUGGAUGGUCGGAGCAGAGUUUCGAGCUUGACGAAAUCCCAAGUCGCUUCUUUAAGACAGUUUACUGCUAGUUUUAAUUUUGCCACUUCUCCGAGCAUUGGCAGCAAAUCUAGUGUAAGCAGCAACACGAAAAGUUUGCUAAUGUCUCCAAGUAAAAGUCUAACCACAACACCUGCUCUUAACCAUAAAAAGUCGUUCAAAAUCCCCAAAGACAAAAGACGUUCAAGCAAAUCGGAUCAAACAACAAGCCCUUCCACCAUUUCAGGAACCCAAUGGUACACCCAAGACCUCACUAAUGGAACGCCUAUUGUUGAACUAACUGAAGAGUUAACCCCAAAGCGGCCUCUACGUUCCGAAGUCGAAAAGGAAAAGAGGUUGAGUAGACCUACGAGUGGUCAGUUUUCGUCAAGGUCGAGCAGUUUAUCGGUGACCUUACGAGGUGCCGGAAGUUCCGGUAGUAGCAGUAAUAGAGACUCGGUGGGUACGACGGAUUCGAGUGUUAGUGAGGAAGAUAUAGUGCCGCCACCUAUACCCCUGAAACAACGAGAAGUCGAUUAUUGUAAUUUACCAAACAAUGAAAAUACAAGUUUUUUGUAUUCGCAACGAAAUUCGACGAGGACUAGUUUACAAGUUAAAAUUCCAGCGCCCGAUCCAGACGGGGGUUUCGAUGAUACACCGCCGACGCCGCCACCGAAACCUCCGAAAAAUAAAAAUAUAUCGACGUAAUGUAAUUUUGUAAAUGCGUUAUUUUGACUUUUACCUGAGUCAUAAGUAUAGAGUGACAAAGUUACCGUAAGUGCCAUUGAAUGUAUUUUUAUCACAUUGUAAGCAUAUCUAUAGUUUUUAUCUUGUAUAAAUUAUUUAUAUCAUUAACCAAAGAUCGUAUUUUUUUAUUGUAAUUAUGGCAAUAAAUCUUUUUUACGUUUAAAA